GGCUGCCCGGGAGCGGCGUACGGGGAAGCUGCUGGAGGAUGGGGACUGCCGGAGGAGCGGGUCAGUGAGCGGAGCGCAACCAGCCCCGCCAGCUCCUCCGACCCGGGCACACCCGGCCCCAGUCCUAUGCGGAGCGGAGCGUCGGGGCAGCAUGAGCCGGGGCAGCGCCGGUUCCAUCGGCAGCGCCGCCUCCGCCAGCGAGUACCGGGUCUGCAGCAACUGCCGGAAAGUGCUGAGACAGGAAAAAAGAAUCCGAGUCUCUCAGCCAUUAACAAGAGGACCAAGUGCCUUUAUACCAGAGAAAGAAAUUGUCUACUUUGCUCCUAAGGUUAUGCAAGCAAGUGGUUUGAAUGAACGUACUAACCUUCUUGUGGAAGAAUACUCAACAUCUGGUCGCCUGGACAACAUCACACAGGUCAUGAGUUUACAUACUCAGUACUUGGAGUCUUUCCUCCGCAGCCAGUUCUAUAUGUUACGUAUGGAUGGACCCCUUCCUUUGCCUUAUAGGCACUACAUUGCUAUAAUGGCUGCUGCCAGACAUCAGUGUUCCUACCUAGUAAAUAUGCAUGUCGAUGAGUUUCUGAAGACUGGAGGGAUUGCAGAAUGGUUGAAUGGUUUGGAAUAUAUCCCACAAAGACUGAAAAAUUUGAAUGAAAUAAACAAACUUCUUGCACACCAACCCUGGCUGAUCACGAAAGAACAUAUUCAGAAACUUGUCAAGACUGGAGAAAAUAAUUGGUCUCUUCCUGAAUUGGUACAUGCUGUGGUCCUAUUGGCACAUUAUCAUGCCUUGGCAAGUUUUGUAUUUGGUAGUGGCAUUAAUCCAGAACGAGAUCCAGAUACGUCUAAUGGGUUCAGACUUAUAGCAGUCAACAAAUUCUGUGUCUGUGAUCUUGCCAACGACAACAUUGAAAAUGCAUCCCUCACAAGUAGCAACUUUGGGUUGACUCAAUUGACAAUGGAAGCCACCCUCCCCAGCGUACAGCAGCAGCUCAGUGAGUCAGCAUUAACCCUUCCAUUGUCUUCUAAUCAUGGAGCGGCAAACACACAAUCAGAGAGCCUUCUAUGGUUGCAAUGGAGGCCCAACAGAACAAGCCUUUUGCCAAGCGUGCAGCAAACCUGGAGGAGACAGAAGCCACACCUGAGCCCGAUUGCAGAUUCUUUGAGUGAGCUCGAGGCCUUAAUGGAAAGAAUGAAGAGGCUGCAAGAAGAAAAGGAGGAAGAGGAGGCCUCGCAGGAGGAAAUGGCAACUCGCUUUGAAAAGGAAAAGAAAGAGAGUCUUCUAGUAGUUACUGGAGCAUUUGAUGAUGAAAUGGUUUCCACGUCGGAUGUCUCCCGCUAUAUCGAAGAUCCUGGUUUUGGGUACAAAGACUUUGCCAGGCGGGGAGAAGAGCAUCUGCCAACAUUCCGAGCUCAGGACUAUACCUGGGAAAAUCAUGGCUUCUCCCUUGUGAACAGGCUUUAUUCUGAUAUUGGGCAUCUCCUGGAUGAGAAGUUUCGGAUGGUCUACAAUCUCACAUACAACACUAUGGCUACACACGAAGAUGUUGACACAACCAUGUUGAGAAGAGCUUUAUUUAACUAUGUUCACUGUAUGUUUGGAAUCAGGUAUGAUGAUUAUGAUUAUGGAGAAGUUAAUCAGUUACUUGAACGCAGCCUGAAGGUUUACAUUAAGACAGUGACCUGCUACCCAGAGAGAACUACCAAGCGCAUGUACGAUAGUUACUGGCGUCAGUUCAAGCACUCAGAGAAGGUCCACGUAAAUCUACUUUUAAUGGAAGCCCGUAUGCAAGCAGAACUUCUAUAUGCCCUUCGUGCCAUAACUCGUCACUUGACCUGAAGUAUCAAUUCGGAGGGAGCGAAGGAAGUUCAAUUGAUAUGUAAAGGCCUUUUUGAAAUAGAUACACACCAGAAGCUGUAUGUGAUGUAGCAUCAAGAUACUCAGUUCUCUAGUGUCAAAGUUUAGCCGUAUUUUUGGCGGCUGUAAUGUGCAAUGACGUGUUUUAUUUUCUUGAUGCUUAACAUUACUAAUGAUAGCAAAAAUAACACUGAGGAGCACUACUUUUUCUGGUUGGAUUUCAGGAUACUGGUCAAAAUCCUAAAACUAGUUUUGUUAUACUCAACUCUAGCGCUUUGUUCUGAAACACAGGAAAAAAGUGUUUGUCUUUUCAAGCAAUCAUUUUUCACAUUAGUGGAAUUCAGCAAAGGUUUUUUGGAUGUUCUAAGAGAUCUUAAUACAAUGUCCUAACGCUAGUAGAGAGAAGCAUGUGAUGUAUUAAGCUGAACUGGCUACUGGAUUCUUUAUCUCCUGGAGACUACUUGUCAGGCACUGUUUUACUACAGCAAUUGAAGGUUAUGUGAAAUAUAAUGCCAACAUUGUCCAUGUUUUAAUGUGACAUUAAUCAUGAUAAAUUCUACAGCAUGCUACUGAAAUGCAAAAUUCAGUUAUUUUUUUUCCUUUCCUCUUUCCAAAAGAAGUUUCACAAUUAUCCAUUUCAGUUGUACAUAUUAUGGUUCAAUCAUGGAUAAUCUUGUUUUACUGACAGUCACCCUCAAUCUUCUUUACAGCAUACAUGCUCAUCAUAGUGUUGCUUGCAAGUUCACCUAGGUGGCGCCUGUAAAUGUAAUACAGAGAUUUACCCAAAAAAUUUUUUUUUGCACUCUCCUUUCUCCAGUGCAUUUUUUUAAUUAAGUAAAGCAAAGGAAGGCUAUCAUACCUGUUCUUUUCCUAGUAGCUUAUAAACAUUUAUUUCCUAGAAUUUUUUCAUUCAUGGUGUCUGAACACUUUAAUAUUCAAAGUUAAAAUUGUGUUUCUAUGCAUUAAUGUGUGAACAAAAGAAAAGUGCAAUAUUUAAAAAGAAAGCAAGCUUUUCCCUAUUAUGUCAUUACUGAAGUGCCCUUUUUAUACAACCAUAAAGAAAUUUUAAAACAAUUUCUUUAUUGUCCAAGGCUUAGCAUUUUUGUUUUAGCUUGUAUGGCUUGAGCAAUCUGAUAUUUAAGUGCCAAAGCAGCCACACAAUAAAAUGUACUUGGACAACUGGUAAUAUUGGGGAAGGGAAGAAGUAAGCUGCCAAAAAGUCACACUUUUUUGCAUUAUUUUGUGUUGCUUGAUUAGACUGAUUUUAAGAGCACAACAUUUCAGUGUUUAUAGCUUUACUUUGGAUUGUGUUAAUGAAUCAGUGAAGUGCCUAAAUUGAUGCUUAAACUUUCCCAGUAGAACACAGCUGUCACUGCUAAAAAAUCUUUUGUUCUGGUUUUUGUUUUUACUGUAAGAAGGGUGACUUUUUAUUUUGCUUUUACAUGUAUUAGAAACUAACCAGUUAGGGUUUUUUAAAGUUCCUCUGAAUUGUAAUAGAUGUAAAAAAGCGUUUCCAUUGAAGGCUGCAGAAUAGCUUUCUUUUAACAUAGUAGUCAUAUUUUUACAUCUUUCGUUGAGGGAAAACAAACAAACAUGGACCAGUAUGCUACUACAGUUAGUUUUCGUCCUCCUUCCUUCUCUUAAUAACUUGCUGUGACACGACAUGUUGGGAGUUUUCGCUUUAGCUGUCUGUUCCAGAUUGGAAAACUAAAUGAUUGUACAUUUAAAGACACUUUUUCUGCACUUUUGGACAGCAGUCUAUUUGCAUAAAAAGCCUUGUGAGAAAGAAAUUACUAAUCUUUUUAAGAUAAGAUAAGAAACUAUCCAUCAAACUGUGCAUCAGAAUCUCAAACAUUAAUAAAUCUUAUUUAUGCAAUCUUGUAUAGCCAACUACAAAGAUUAUUCAGACAGAGUGGUGAGAGGUUGGUAUGCAUAACCUUAGAUUUGACUUUAACUUGUUAUAAUCUUUUUCAACUUAACUAUAGUGGCUGCACCUAGUGAGUUUAUGCUUGUAACAAUUAUAUCUGAUAAGGAUGUUCUUCAGUUAGUAACUUUGCCUUUUAAGUGAUGGGAACUGUACAGUGAAAUUCCUUUGAUAUGAGAAGCCAGGUAUUUCUCAAGAACAGUUAAGUUCUGAAAGGAAGGUGAGACUAGUUUUAGGUAACUAUCAUAACCACUUAAUUCCUCUUCAGAAAUAUAAGAAUUUUAAUGUAGCUUGAGUGUUAGUUGUGGAAACUUUAGUGCCUUUAUUUUAAUCUUUCGCUACAGAAUUUACUUUUCCAGCUGAAUUGCCUUCUCACAAAGUAUGUGAUUAGAUUUUGAAAUACAUAAACUGUAAAUGAAUUGAUCUCUUCAUAGUGAAUCAGUUUAAAAAAACAACUGCAACAAAACUUGAUUUCAGAAGGUGCCAUAUUUAAUCUAAUAUGGCCUGCAUGGCAUUUCAUGUUGGGAAAUGUCAUUUGACAACCAGUUUGCUGUAACUUUUCUAUAUAAAAUGCAAACUUAAGUUACAAUGCUGUUUUUCCACUUUUUCAGAGUAUUGAAUUUACUGUAUAAUCAUUUAUAGCCUAGAUUUUAUACUCAAAAUGUGAUAUUUUUAAAAUAUAGAUGUUUGUUCAGGACAGGUGUUAAAAGUAUACGAUUAUACCGUAUAUUUUACCUACACCUUAGGCUCACUUUGUGCCAAACUUAAAUGUGCAGCUGUUUUAAAAAAAAAAUGCACGUGUGAAUGUGAAUCCUCAAACUUCAUUGCUUAACUUCCUUUGUCAGAAAUGUACCUUAAUAAUCCAUGGGAGUACCUGCACAGAUACUGACUUUUUGCUUUCCCUUGCUGGGGUUUAUAUUUACCAGCAUUAACAUUUAGUUGUCAAAAUCCAACUCUUCACCAAGGUAAAAAGACAAAUCCAUCACCUCCUAUGUGCUGAAGAGAAGACCUGAGCUAUUGGCUCACUAGGGUAAUGACUUACCAGAUACUGUAGGAAAUGCUGUAAAUAGCGAAUCACUUUGUUUCUGCAAUUGGAGUGCUUAUUAACCUUCAGAGCGUUUUAAAAAUAGUUGUAUUCUGGUCAGGUGCAGAACAAUACUCUCUGAAAUUGUUUGUCUAUAAUGAAAGUAUGUGGGGAGAAGUACAAGUUAGAAGAGCCAUUUGCAUUAGCUCAGUAUUCUAUGGAAUAUAAAACUGGCAAAUGAACAUCAUGAGAUUGUAGUCAUAUAAUAGCUUAAAUUGUAUUUUACUUAGUUUAAAAUGAAUUCUGCUAACAGCAGGUGAUUCAAACUGUAGUUGAGUCUCAUGAGAACUAAUUUUUGAAAUGCUUCUGUAGUUCACUUAUCCAUCAAAAUCCAUGGUGCUGCAGUUCUAGUGCAUAAGAUGCCUCCAUGAAUAUUGCAAUGAUUUACGCAGAAUUGGACCAGAGUUUUUUUCCCCAUCAGC